AUGCAUGACAUAAAAGAAGGCACGAACGCAGCCUUCGGGUCAAAACCACAUGAUAUAGACAACUUUGCGUUGGUACCGAAAAAGAAGCCACACCUGUUAUUCAUGCGAGGCUAUGGCUCAACCCAGUGGUUGGCAACUAUUGGAGAGAUAUACAAAAUUAACCCUGAGCUAUAUCGACGACAUCUUAGUUUCGAGCCAUUUUCAUCGGGAACCCAGGAAUUUUACUCGUCACCCGCCCUCCCAUCGUCCUCAGUUCGAAUUUUCGACUUGACCAUUUCAACUGUUUACUGUCGAAAUGUUGCAGACACUGCCUAUGAGCCUGAGGAUCUACAAGAAGCACGUAAGCUUCAGGCGCGAGCGUUGGAUCAAUAUUUCAAACAGUUCUGUGAUAGGGUGCAAUUGGCGGACUCCGUAGUGCGGAAAUGUUUGCUGCUGAGCAAACGAGAAUACGUUUUAGAACAAACGAUAACAAUUGAGGUACGGCACCGAGAGGAAACUUGCCACGCUAUCGUGUGGCUUGAUAGCGGGAAGGAUCUCUCCCACAGCGUCCAGGGGCCAUGGAGUCCACUCUCCGGUACCCGGCCCUGGGAGACACGCUUCGUUCCAGUAAUAGUACAUCAAGCAGUCGACGCUCGAUCUCAUUCAACAAUAGAUAGAUCUGAGCCGGUAAUGGGAUCCAGACAAGAGACGGAGUGGAGAGCCACACAAAACAUCUGCCUACUUCCAUUUCAAUACGGAUCAAUGAUCGAUCGGGAAGUUGCUGAACAAGAUGCAUUGUACGCCGUCAGCGAGGUCUUCCAGUUCGCUGCAUCUUCAGAACUCCAGUUUCUAAACCUUCUUCACGGCCGUAUUAAGCACGAGCUCUCCUUCACGGGUGAGCAGCAGAAGAUGGGUCGUCGCAACGACGCUGUCUCGUUGCUAAAUCUGAGAUUCAUAAAGACGCAGCUCAUAUCGCACGCUCAACGCCUCGCCGAAACCGUCAGAACUCUGGAAACUUGCGAUUUGCUAGGCUGGCAGCGCGAUCAAGAAUCUCCCAAAGCACAACAAAGAGCCCGCCUACUGCUCAGCGACUUUGGGUACCUACUCCAGCGUGCGGAGGCGUUGGCUAGGAGUGUGACUCUGGCAUUGAUACACUGGUCAAUAGUUCCAUACUGGAAGAGUCGAAGCGGUCCACAGAGAAUGCUGUAA